CGAGCAGCAGCUCGCAGACUAAACACGCAACCAACCGCGAUUCAUUUCAGAAGAAACACACUUGCGAUUCAUCAAACUCUAGAAGUAAAAACUAGAAAAGAGCUACAGAAAUGGAAAAGACACGCACAAGCCAGUCCGAGCUUCAGCCUUUGAAGACUCUAAAGAUGCAGAAUAUCAGAACUCACAAAAAUGCCAGUGUUGAAAACCAGCUUCUGGCACUUAAAGAAGUGAACACCAGACAAAAUCUGGAAAUCCGAGUCCUGAAGUACACAAUCAGUAGCUUCGAGAAAAGCAUCUGCUUAAUCGAGGAAAAACUCUUCAAACAGGGAAAUGAGUUGAACAAAGAGAAAAAGUGCUCCUCCACGCAGACUGAGAACGAGCAGGAAGCUGACAAAGACCCAAAGCCCACAGCAAAGAGAACUGGAUCAGACAUGUCACCACCCAGGAAAGCUCAAAAGCCUCGACUUGAUGCUGCUUCACCUGAUCCUUUAAACACAACACACACAACACAAUCUCUCCUCUACAGUGCAUUAGAAACACUACAAAAGUCCUGUUUUGAUGUUUUACCAACAGACAGGAUUCAUGCACUUCUCACAGGAACAAGUGAACUUCCUGUUCUGAGAGAUGAAGAGAAACACGUCAUUUCUGAGUUUUGUGUAAACGAGUCCUUAGCAGAGACGUUUCUGUCUGUGAUUUUGGAGAAGAUCAAGGUGGAGAGAGGGUUUAUGGGACAUGAUCUCCUGCAGUCUCUCUGUAGGGUUUAUGUAGGCGUGUGUCAACAGAGAGGAGACUCUCACAAAGCACAUGCUCUCGCCUACAGACUCCUUAAAGAAGAGUUUCUUGAAGCCCCCAAAGUGAUUAUGGUCAUGGUGACAGCAUGGCCAAGUAUUUUGUCCCAUGAAAGUGUUUUAUGCCGAUCGAUUCACGUAGUGAGCAACCUGAAAGCAAAGGGAAAGAUAUUUUACUUGCUCAGCAACUAUCUGCGCUGGGAUGAGGAGCCUCCAGGAAACAUCUACAAUAUGAUCACCAGCACCCUGAAGUCUUUUCUGGAAGACAGCAGUCUGAAGUUCCUGGAGAACAGCUGGUAUGGUUAUGAUCUCUGCCCUGCUACCUGGAACUACAUCUUCAGCCUGGAUCUUUUGUGUGCACAACUGGGCUGGACUUGGACCAUUACCAAUAUUAUAUGGGGUGCUGUAGUCAUGGCUGACCCAGUGCUCUGCCCCCGGCUUUCUAUCAUCACUGGGGAAGGACCUUUGGCUGAUCCUGAACACUUGGCUGAUGCAAGCAAGAACAGAGCAAACACCGUUUCGAGACGUCUGUGUAGCAGCAGUUUUCAGGCUACUUGGGUGACUUGGUCAACUAGGACUUAAGGUGAACAUGCUAACGUCACUCGAAAACCUGGCAAAAAGCAUAAAUCAGUUUGGAAUGCAAAAUUUCUCAAAAGGUAUGCCAUGGGAAGUGCAGCUCUCAGUCAUCUAUGCCAUUCAUGAUCUGGCACCCAGCAACCCUGAAGCAGCUCUGAAGACUUUGGAAUCAUGGAGGAAAAACAGCACACAGCCCGUUCCCCCAGCCGUCAUCAAAUGCAUUACACAAAUCAGCUUCCUUUGUCGUCAGACCAAGUCACAAAACUCUAAGAAAUCACUGUAGUGAGUAUUAUAGUGAGCACUGCAUCCCCCAGGUCUGUAUCCUCAGUCACCAGCUGUUCACACUGUGAAUCAUGACUGUGCUGCAAUGCACAGCUCCAAUCAUCAAGUUUGGCAGUCACAUGACCAAAUCUCCUCAACAAGAACGACGAGACGCUUUCAGACAGGAAAUGCAGUGGAUAAUGGACUGGUGCUGACUCAACAAUCUUGGUGUUCACCUGUGGAGAACCUCAUCUGGUCUUACAAAGCCACCAGCAUUGUGGAUGACCA